GUGAACGGUGGCAUUCAGAAGCAGCUGGAUAAAGAAGUCCUGCACUACGACUACCGCGCCUCCUUCUUCGACAUUUUUCUCCUGGCGGUUUUCCGGUUUGCCAUCCUGAUCCUGGCCUACGCCGUCUGUAAGCUCCGUCACUGGUGGGCCAUCGCAAUCUCGACUGCAGUCUGCUGCGCGUUCUUGAUUGUUAAAGUCAUUUUAUCAAAGCUGCUGUCUCAGGGGGCCUUCGGGUACCUGCUGCCCAUCAUCUCCUUCGUGUUGGCCUGGAUAGAAACAUGGCUGCUCGACUUCAAGGUUCUGCCUCAGGAGGCCGAGGACGAAAACAGAUAUCAGUCCAUCAUGGACGCCACAGAGCGAGCUCCUCUCAUGUGUCCGGGUCCUUUAUCUGACGGACAGUUCUACUCUCCACCAGAGUCUGUGGCAGACUCUGACGAGGAACUGGAUGAUAAACAUGAUCCAGAAAAAGGGCUCAUUCAGCAGGUGAUCUAACAGGGUCUCCACCUCUGAAGGUUUUUCCUGCUGCUCCUCUUGUGCUACUGAGGGACAAUUCUGCCUUACACAUUCUGCCAUUUUUGUCUUUAUUUUAAAAAAAAAGAUGUUUUUGUAUCUCCAUCCCCACCAAUGCACGGCUGUUUCUGACGUCAGUCUUCUGCAUGUGCACCCGGGACCGGAAAAGUGCCGCUUAAAAAGCAACUUCAGCAUCACGACCUGUUAACUUUCCCUUCAUAUUUAAUAAACUCUGGAGCGUCGAGGAGAAGUGAUGUUCAUGAAUGUUACACACAAAAUGAUACACUGAGUCCCAAGAGCGUGAAAGUAAUUAGAUUUGCUCUAUUUCAGUAUUUUACUAAACCUAAACUGUUUAUUUCUUUCCCUGAGGAAUGGAUGUCUUCUAUUCUCAGUCAUGUUGCCGAUCAUUUCACACGCUGGGGUUUGAAGUCACUGUAAAGGAAAGUAAGCUCGCUCCAGAGUCUCUGCAUAAAAGAAAUGAUGUUCUCCGGCCAGUAUUGAGCUCACGGACCACGCAGAGGCGUAAUAUUUAAAAUGUGCUGCGCUUAUUAACUGAGAAACAUAUUUGACCGCUUCCAGGACUUAAAAAGUGGAGAAGCAGCUUUGCACGAAAAAACAUUAGUGUCAAGAUUUUAUGAACAUUAUCUGCUUUGGAAAGAGUGAAGUAUUAUUUUACUUCGACACUAAACGAGCCGUUGAUGUCCAGCACUUACACAUGAAGGUUUGAGCUGCUCGCUGCUCACAUAAAGCUGCUAUCAGACAGUGUGAGCGCAACAAGUUAAAAAGAUUACAUGUACAUAUCUUCAUGCAUGCCUUGCAGGCCAAGUGGUUUUGUUUUUAUGAAGCGCUUAAUCAUUAAAAUGUGAAAUCUUG